CAACCCUUCCUCCAUCCCUCCCUCCAUUCCUCCCCCCGUCCAUUCUUGAGGACUUGCAUGUGAAACGGGAGAGAUAAACAGACUUGUGCAGCAGGAGAGCACAGGAGGCGAAAAAGAGAGAGGGACACGGGGGAGAGGAGAGAGAGAGAUAGUGCAUUAGAAUUUAGGAAAUAACCUCCCUCCCCUCUACCCUUACCCUCCUCUCCCACCCACCUCUUGUCUAUCUCUCCAUCUUCAUCCCUUGUUCUUUUCUUUUUCCCCUCUUUAUUCCCCUCGUCUUUUCUGUUAAUGGAUAGAAAUUAUCCUGGCGCAGGAUUCGGAGAUCUGGGCACUGGGACGGGAUGGAGUUACGAGAGGUCGGCGAAGGCGAGUCUCAUGUAUGGGAGCACCAGAUCUUCCCAUACAGACGCCGAACUGCUUCAUCGUCAAGCUUACGCCACAGCACACCCCCUGCAGGGCUAUGCUACCAAUCACCACCCAGGCAGCUCCGGACAGGGUGGGACGUGGGGUGCCGCAGGCCGGAGCUUAGGGCUUUCGGGUUUGUUUGAUACUGGAUUACACCAUGCUAGUCCCUCAGGGCCUGAUGCUUCAGUAAUGAACCUAAUCUCCGCUUUGGAAUCCAGAGGUCCACAGCCUAGCCCGUCUGCAUCCUCCCUCCUUUCUCAGUUCCGUACCCCCUCAUGGCAGACUGCAAUGCAUACCCCAGCCCCGGCUGAGCUCUUCAUCUCCAGUGCUUUGCCUGGAUCUGGCUCCUUCCCUUCCUCCUCUGCCUUGUCGGCAUAUCAGCAUCCUGCCUCCUUUUCGGGCCGCUCUUUCCCCGGAGUGACCUCGUCAUUGUCUCUCCAGGAAACACCCACCUUCAGCCCAACAUCCAAUGGCCUCCUUUCCCCUCAUGAUCCUUUGCUCCACAUUAAAACUCCCUCGCAGUCCAGUCUGGGCUUUGACCGUCUCCUUUCCUCACAAAGUGCGGCAGCAGCCUAUAGAGGUGCUCAGGAGCCCUCAAGUGCACCUCCGCCUCAGGCAUCCGCAUCAUCCUCUGCCCGCCACUUACCUCCCCAUCAGUUUAAUCUUCUUUCAUCCCAGCUUCAAGACCAGUCAUCCCAUCUGUACAAUCCCUCUGUAUUCUCCUCAGCACCCGUUCCCUCACAGACCCCUACUCCUCAAGACAGAGCCAUUUCAAGGCAAGACAGCGUGAUUAAGCAUUACCAGAGACCUUCUCCUGCACAAUCUCAGCUGUCCUCCUCCACACCACAUCCUCUGCAGCAUUAUCUUAGCUGUGGGGUGUCAGGGUAUCAGCAGAUCCCCCACCAUCGGCAUGGUGGAAUGAACUGCAGCCCCCUGGGUAAUCAAAGUCCAUCGUCUGACCCAAAACCCUCACCCAGAUCAGACCAAGUCUACCGUCCCAUAGUACAGCCCCCAUACAGCUCCUCCUCAACAACCUCAUCAACUGCCCCUGGAGGUGGUAUUGGGAAAACAGCAAAGAGUUCCAGUUCCAGCAGUGGCUAUUCCUCAUCCAGCUCUUCUUCAUCCAGAACUCCUCACACACCUCCUUCAGCUUCAUCUACUACUUCCUCCUCCUCCACUUCCUCUAACCCCAGUGCUUCAUCAAGCUCCUCCUCUGCACCCUCAAGACAGCAACCGCCUCCCCAAUCUGCACCCCAACCCCCUCCACCGCCCCCACCACCCCUUCCUGUGUCAUCCUCUGCAACACAGCAGCCUUCUUCUAAAGCCUGCCUUUCCAAUUAUGGCUCCCCUGUAGCUCCUGUCAAGUCCACCUCUGGACUUUCUGGUCAAACCCCGCCACAGCAGCACUCGCAGUCAUUUUCUCCAAGUCAACCUCCCCCCUCUCACCUGUCUCAGCCUUAUGGGGGAUUCAGUUCUCCUCAGGCCCAGGAAGUGAGCUCUGGUCCUGGGGGAUCAACAAAGGGGUAUGGAAGUCUUGGAGCAACAGGACGUUCUUUUUCAGGUGAUGGGGUAUAUGGUUCUGAAUCAGGAUAUGGUUCUUUACCCCCCUCACUUGGAGGAGCAGGGAGUCCUAUCGGCUAUGAUGCUACAGGGCAUUCACCUGCUCUAAUUGGAGCAAGUUCGGGUACAGCAAGUAGUAGUGCCGGCUCAGGAGGGGCUAGUACCGCUGCUACAGGCAGUAACAGUGUUUCAAAUGGUGGGGGUGGAGGAUCAUUCCACCUUCCAGAUUCAAGCCCUUCUCCAUCAAUAAACACUGGAAUCGUACGGCCUGGACUGCACUCACCUGCACCCACCCACCCUGCACAGUCUCCAGGAGGAGCUGGGGGUAGUAAGUACUUGUCCUCGGUCCUCUCCCCAAACUUUUUAACUUCUCCACAGGGGUACUCAGACACACGAGCACCACAACCUCAGACACAGCCUUAUCAUUCUGCACCACCCAAGAGCAAGUCAGAGUCUGACAUGCUUGGCAUUGAACGAUCCCAAGAGGAGGAUGAAGAUGAUGAUGAUUUUCUAAUUCAACACCUAUUGCACUCGCAGAGCCCAGCACCCCAUCCUUCUCAGCACCACGCCCAGCAACAGCCACCGCAGGUGACUUCCCAGCAGCAGUCAUCACAGCAACAAUCACUGACGCAAAGUAGGGAAGGAGUAAAAGGAAUGUCUGCCUAUGAACUGAACAAGGCAUCUGAUGAACGUUACCACCUACAGAGUGUCAUUCGCACCAAUAAUGCCACCAAUAAUGUGGCUGCAGGUGCAACAAACUCCGGACCGGGAACUUGUCUAGAAAACCAGAUGGAACUGUCUCUCAAGAAGCAGCAGCACCAAACAAAAACAGAUAGACCAGUAUCUGGAGCUGGGGCAAACGGAGGUAGAGGGGGAAUUGAUGGACUUUCUCAUUCCCACCAGCAUUCCUCUCACAUUCACCAACAUGAUACUCUUGGUUCUGUUGUCCAUUAUAAUAGAGGGGACUCCUAUGCUCACCAGACACACCACCACUCUUCACACUCACACACACAGCACUCGCAACUAACACAGCACUCUCACUCCCAUUCCCUUUCUCACUCCCAUGCAGAACUUAAAAAAAAUAAUGAUCCAUCUGAUCUACCCUACAUGCGAAAAACUCCAGACUUACAACAACGGUCCCAAACUUCCCUUUCCCAUCUGGACUCACCGCCUGAGCAGACGCAACAAUCUCAACAAGCUCACCUUCUCCAGUCUGUCCUUUCUCAACCCACGCAUAACAAGGUCGACACUCAACAGGUCUCCCAGCAAUCUCAGCACCCUUUGAGUCAGCAGACUUUAAUGGGACCAACUCUUGGCCCUGGAAGUAGUGGAGGAAUGGAAACCCAGCCUCAGACCUCUCAGCUUCAGCUCCAGCUUCAAUCCCAGUCUUUGGAGUCCCACUAUGGAUGUGAACUACAGCGAAACCAAAGUCAGUCUACAAGUCAGAAUUCUGUCUCUCAACUAGACUUGCUGGAACAGUCUCUCUCUAGAACAAGCAGUCAUGAAAAUGCAGGGCCCACUGACAGAACUGUCUGUGGUGAUGGAACUGCAAAUGAACAUCAAAGACAGCAGCAACAGUUGCAGCAGCAGCAGCACAGAAUGCCCUCACACCACCAGCCCCACCAUCCUCCACAAACUCAUUCAGAGCUUCAUGAUUUCCUGAGCGAAUCAAAUCUGGGCAUGUCAGCACCGUCUCACAUGCAUCACAUGGGUUCGCACCACGGACAUCCCCAGUCUCACCACCAGACACAGCCCCACCAACACCACCAGCACUCCCAUCAGCAUCCUCGCCACAUUCCGACAAACACUGGAGCUCUGCAACCCCAGGCCCAGCCAAGGGAGUCUGAGCCCCAACUCCCUCAGCCCCAACUAGAUCAACUCAAAGAGCACCAGUUUGAAACACAAAGUCCUGUAGGGAAACAAACACAAAGUCAAGGCCAGAGCCAACAGCAGCAGCAGCAGAGGUUUGUGCCUCUGAGCUCUAUCUGUUUCCCCGAUUCUCUGCUCCAAGAUGAAGAUCGAUCUUUUUUUCCAGGAAUGGAGGACAUGUUCUGUUCCGAGGACUACAAAUCAAGUUGUGCAGGUGGAGCAGGUGCAGCACAAGGAGGGCAGGGCAUCGUGUCUGAGGGACAAAUAAAUGUUCAAGAUGGAAUAGAGUCAGUUAAGGCAGGUGGAGCGGGUGGAUAUGAAAUGAUGGGUCCUCAUGGUGACCAGGGAUAUGGGCCGUACUGUCCCAGUCUUUCAGAUUCUGGCAAUGGCACCAUGCAUCUAGAUUUGGAUUCACUUAAAACUCAUGAACUCCCGUCUACUGUAAAUACAGAGCAACUGGGCCUGAUUCAGUCUCAAACCCCAGGCAUGGUGAUGGGUGGGACAGGGUCUGGAAUAGAUGAAACAAGGAACAAAAUGAUGGGAACGUCAGGUGUAGGAAGUGGUUCUGGAACAGGUGGUCUGACCUCACCCAUCUUCUGUUCCUCUAAACCCAAGAAACUGCUAAAGACCAGCUCAUUUCACCUUCUGAAGCAGCGGAGGGACCCCAAUUCCCAACCACAGACUAAAAAAACCUACGCCCAGGAAUAUGAAUUUGAGGAUGACGAGGAUAAAGCAAACGUUCCUGCUGACAUUAGACUCAACAGUAGGCGGCUCCCAGAUUUGCUUCCUGAUUUAGUGUCUAGCUGUCGAAAGUCCAGUGGCGGUUCAGGGGUUGGUGGUCUAAGUCCACUAAUGGGUGACUUGGAUUUCUGCAAUUCCUCAGGGUACCCAUCUCUUGGGCCUCCUCCACAGCUGCUUCCCCACGAUGGUCCAAAAAAGAGGGGUAGAAAGCCCACCAAACCUAAAAGAGAGGGGCCUCCAAGACCAAGAGGUAGACCCCGUAUUCGCCCACUUCCUGAACCUCCUUAUUGCAGAGGUCUCAUGGGCCCGGGUGCCGGGGAGAGCCGGAGAGGACGUGGACGAGGAAGGGGUCGUGGCAAAAAAGACGAUCUCAUGUUAGAGAUGCACCAAGAUAUAAACAAAGGACAAAAUUAUCAACAGCAACCUCAUCAGCAGCCACCUCAUCUACAUCAUCAACAACAACUUCAACAGCAACAUCAGCAGCAACACUUACAACAACAGAUGCACCACCAUCCACAGUCACAGUCGCAUCUUCACCCGCAGCAGCAACACAUGCACCAACAGCAGCACUUACAUACACAACACCAUCAGCACUUACAUCAACAGCAACAGCAUCACACUCAACAGCAGUAUCAGGAGCCCAUCAAACCAAUUAAGAUCAAGCUACCUAUUCGCUCAAUGCCUUCAUCAGAAUCGCUCUUGAGGACGGACUCCUUGUCGAGCACGGACCCUGUUCUGUCUGACGGCUCUGUAGGAUCCGCACCAUCCCUCGGCCUGAGCCCUGGACCCACAUCAGCACUGGAUAUAAACAGAGCUGAUAUGAACCGUGGUCAGGAUAAGAUGAAGCAGAAGGAUCAGGAGAUGUCCUGGGAGAGAGACAUGGAUGAGCAGUUAACGCCAGAGACCUGGGCGACCAUGCAGAAAUUGUCCGGCUCACCUCAAACUGAGGACAAGACAUCCGAGCUGAAGUCUGGCUUCAUCACUUCCUUUCUGGACUUUCUAAAAACAGAGAAGAAGCCACAACCUGGCCCGCUCCUCAUGGAUGAAUCCGGCGCCGCAGACGAACCCUCUGUGAAGGGAGGAAUUUGUCCUCUAUCAUCCCCUCCACCUCCUUCCCCGCCCUCAUCUCCACCAACUUUUGAAGACACGGAGGGUGAGGGUGGUCUCGCACUUAGUAACUGCCCUUCGCCAUGCAAGCGCCUGGAUGAAGAACUCAAGAGGAACCUGGAAACGCUGCCGUCCUUCUCCUCAGACGAGGAGGACUCUGUGAGCAAGAACCAGGAUCUGCAGAAGAGCAUCUCCUCAGCAAUCUCUGCCCUUUACGACACACCCCACAGCCUAGCCACGAUUCCACCUCCUCCCACGACGUCUCUUCCUCCCGAUGACGCCCAGCCUCUCAACACACCGCCUCCGAUUCCUGUCGCAGACUCUCUGUCUGAUCUCGAGACUCCCGUGUCGACCCAUGAGCAGGAUUUACACUCCCAGCUAAACUCCCAGCACUACAAACAUGAUCCAGAGAAUGACGAUGUACCUGAGAGGAAUAACGGGUCGGAGGACCUGCCAGAGGAAACAAUGCAGCAAGAGGAAAACAAAGUGAUGGAGGUACAGGAACAUUUAAUAAAAGACAAAACUGUAGAGCAAAGAACAGAGAAAGACAAAGGAAGGGACGAGGAGGCGGAGGAGAAGGAGUGUGGUGGGCUCAGCGCUCCCAAAAUUGAUGACUCUUUAUCCGAGCCCUCGGCUACCUCUGGUCCUGCUCCACCUUCCCCUACAAGUCUUUCUCCCUCCACUCCUACUUCAUCUUCUCCAUCACCCCUUCCUCCGCCUCCACUCUCGCUUCCGUCGCCUCUUCCCGCCCCCGAGGAGAGCCCACAGCCAUCGCCACAGCCCCAACCACUAAAGCAUCCACUGGCCCAACCCCAGCUGCAGCCUCUGAGUGCCUCCCUGCUCCAUCAGUCUCUUCCUCCCAGCCCUUCUCCCCCUGCCCUACCCUCUCCAUCUCCUCCACCUCCCACUCUCCCUCCAUCUGCCACUCCUCCGCCGUCUUCCUCACCUCCUCCGCCUGCAGAGUUGCCCCAGCCUUCACCUCAGACACCACCUACCCCUGACGACGCCCCUGCCCCUCAGAUCACCUCCCUCCAUCUGGCCAAAAAGCAAGACAACACUGCGAUCGCCGGAGAGAGCGAAGACGAAGACAGCGAGAGCGGCGGCGAGGGAAUUUUCAGAGAGAGGGACGAGUUCGUCGUGCGCACCGAAGACAUCGGCACCCUCAAGCUGGCUCUGCAGACAGGAAGGGAGCCUCCACCAAUUUGGAGAGUGCAGAAAGCCCUGCUGCAGAAAUUUGCUCCCGAGAUUAAGGACGGCCAACGGCAGUUCUGCGCCACCAGCAAUUACCUGGGCUACUUCGGUGAUGCCAAGAUGCGGUACCAGAGGCUGUACGUGAAGUUCCUGGAGAAUGUAAAUAAGAAGGAUUAUGUGAGAGUGUGUUCACGGAAACCAUGGCACAGAGCAGGCAUCACGCUCAGACGCCAAGCACUCCUUAAGCCUGCACCUACCGUCCGCAGUCAAACUCCGCCACGCGUGGAACGUGAGGACAGAGAAAAAGUAAGAGAAAGAGAGCGACAGCGAGAAAGAGAGCAGCAUGAACUGAGGGAAAGAGAGAGGGCCAAAGAAAGAGAAAGGAAGGAGAAGGAGGCCGAACAGAGGGAGAAAGAAAGGCAAGAAAGAGAGAAAGAAAAGGCAAGAGAGCGAGAGCGCGAGAGGCAAAGACUGCAAGAACGGCAAGAGAGAGAGCAGGAGAAACAGCUGGCUAGGGAGCAAGGGAAAGAGGAGAAAGAGAGAGAAAAGCAGCGAGAGAAGGAAAGGGAGGAGACAGAAAGGGAGAAACAACAGGAGAUGGAGAAAGAAAAGGAACGAGAGAAGGAGCGAGCAAGGGAAAAGGAGAAACAAAGAGAGCGAGAAAAAGACGAGAGGGAGAAACAACGAGAAAAGGAGAAAGAGCAAGAGAAGCUGAGGGAAAAAGAACGAGAGAAGGAACAAGAGAAGGAGAAAGAAAGAGAAAGGGAAAGGGAAAAGGACCGGAAGCUCCAGGUCAGGCAGAAUCAGGAAAAGCCUGAGAGGAGAGGAGGCGCAGCGGAGCGGGGCAGGGUGAAAGACGAAAAGAGAGGAGGACCAGGAGGAGAGAAGAGAGUGGAUAAAACCAGGAGCAGGCCAAUGAAAGUGAAGGCAGAACCACCACCAAAGAAGAGGAAGAGGUGGCUGAACGAUGUUCCCUCCUCGGACUCCGACUCCUCUCCAUCGGCUAGUGAGGAUGAAGGCUCUGUACGCAGUGUAAUAAACAGUCGGGCGAUGAGAGAGAUGUUCCGCAGCUAUGUGGAGAUGCUGGUGAGCACAGCACUCGAUCCCGACAUGAUCCAAGCCCUGGAGGACACCAACGAUGAGCUUUAUCUCCCACCCAUGAGAAAAAUUGACAGCAUUCUGAACGAACAGAAGCGCAGACUGCUGAGGAGGGUGAACAUGAGCACCCAGCACCAGGAAGCUCUGCACAUGUAUCCUCAGAUAAGCGCAGAUGCUUUGGAAUCUGGCACAGUGAAAGUGCGCCUCGGCGGGGAAGGAUACAACCGCAAAACGCUCAGCCGUGUCAAAAAGAGUCUGCCCAAACAACAGGACCUAAAGCUUUCGACAGAGAUGUGCCGAAUCUACAGUCUCUAUCACUCUCUGCAUCAUUAUAAAUAUCACACCUUUCUGCACUGCAAGAAGGAGACGGACAGUAUAGAGCAGUCUGCGGACGAUGACCCCGGGCAGGAGGAGGUGGUCCAGCAGUGCAUGGCCAACCAGAGCUGGUUGGAGACUCUUUUCAACUCCUUUUUGGAACUGCUCACCCUCAGCAACAAGUCAUAGGGGGCAGAGGUCAAAGCGUGCUUUGAGAGGGCACGAAGCAGGACGUUGGAUCGUAUGAAGUUCCUGACCCGGUGUUUGAAGAGCGAGCAGUGAUUUCUGCUCUAGCAUUGUGACUUGAAGAGUUUUUUUUUUUUUGCAUUUUGUUUUUUGUAUGAUGUGAUAAAACAGAAAGCGGAGAAGAAAAAAAAGAACGUGUGAAUACGUGAAGCUUGUAAAGACAGUGCCAAGGGGAACAGGGUUAGAGCCUCGUGUUUUGGCAGAGGUGAGCUUUGAACAUGAUGUUCCAUGCACACUCUUAAAUGUAUAAAUAUGUAUGAUUGAUAAUUAUGAUUUGUAUUAUUUAUACAAGGACAUUUGUAACAUCCCCUUUAAGACAAAAGCUGGGGGACGAUUGCUGUUAUUAUUUUGAAUAAUAAUACAUGUUUUAUUAAGGUGUACAUAAAAUGGCCCUGCGCCUUUUCUGCUCCUGAAAAAACUCACUGAAAAAGGGGGCUGGAUGAUGUGGACUUAAAGGGAGAGUUUAAUCUAUGUGAUGUCAUUUUUUCUCAGAAAAAAGAGCAAGGAAUAAUGUAUUUAAAGUUAAAAAAGUGUUUUUUUUGUUUGUUCUUUAAAAGAAAAAAAGGGAAAUCGUGUAUCUGUUGGUUUUCUCAAAGAAAGCGCCAUAGUGCAGAGGGGUGUAACAAUUUUUAAUGUGAAAAUGUCUGUGUUUGUUUUCUAUCUGUUGGUCGUUUGCUAUGAUAAUUAUUCUUAUUCUUAUUCUUAAUAUCAUAUUAAUUAUUGUUAUUAUUUUGGAGCUCCGCCUAUUUCUUUGAUCUCUCUGUAAAUACUGUACAGUUGCUUCAGUCUCAAGCUCCCAUUCAGUCUGACAGCGAGCGCGCCUGUAACUGACAAACGCAAAUAAAAUCAGAGAAAUGUUGAAGCGAUGAAAAUGGUGA